UCUUGUUUGGUGUUGAAUCACCUUCAACGCCAAAGCUUCCUCUCACACAAAUCGAUCACGUUCAACGUGCUUCGGAACGCGUACUUGAUUCGUAUAAAACAAACACACCACACAUAAUAUAAUGUUCCCACGCAGCUUUAACAUUAGCGGCGGCGAUGCGGGGCUUCCACAAAUGUUGCAUCCUCGUCACAUGGUAACUCCAAUGGAAGAACAACAACGUUCGAGGUGGAAACCCAGCGUCGAGGUUGCACCCAAUUGCCCUCGCUGCGCCUCCACCAACACCAAAUUCUGUUACUACAACAACUACAGCUUGUCCCAGCCGAGGUACUUCUGCAAAGGCUGCAGGCGCUACUGGACCAAAGGCGGCUCUCUCCGCAACGUCCCCGUCGGCGGUGGCUGCCGCAAGAACCGCCGUGGAAAGUCAUCGUCGUCGUCGCGGCUACAACACCAAAGCCAUCAACGCGCUUUUAGCUGUGAGAACACAGAGUCAUCAUCAGUAGGUGAUGAUGCCCAACAAAAUAACAAUGUGUCACGUGAUAUAGACAUGGCUCUCGUGUUCGCCAAAUUCUUGAACCCAAAACCAACUACUGGUGAGGAUAACAAUGGUUCACCUUCUUCCAACAAUUACUUAACACCGGAAAGUGUAGAAAUUGAGAAUGAUGCAGUGGUUCAGUCACAGAAUAAGGCUUCAUCGGAUCCUGUUAUUGUAGAGUCUGAGAAUUUGAGUUUGGUUGAGAUUGAUGAGUUGGAGAGGUUAUUAGGUGUGUGUGGUGAUGAAGAUGGUCUUUGGUCUGAUGCUACCUUGUCGUCUUCGGUUACUUGGGAACCACCAUUGAAGGAGUCGGAAUACUCGAUGCCGUUGAAUGAGGAUGAUGGUGAUCAAUUGUUACCCAUCAUCAUUUCUGCAUCUACGAUGAGCGACACUUGCUGGAGUAAUUGGAGUUCCUUUGAUCUUUCAACCAUGGACGCGCUCUCAUCAAGUCCUUCUUAAUCAAUUUGAUCUCAUUGAUUUUUACCUAUACUUUUUAUUUAUUUAUAAGUUUGCGAUUUUCUUCUUAUUAUUUGAAAAGAAGAGAAGAAACCGAGAGAGAGAGAGAGAGUUACUGCCACGUACCUUACAUACAUAUGUUCCUAUCGAUGGAGGUAAUCAUAAAAAUGUAGAAUGUUAUAGAAAUUUUUUAUGCUUAGUGGGUGUAGAAUAAAGUUGUAAUUUGGCUGCAUAUAGCCAUAUCAUGGAAAUGCAGUUGAAAAAGGAAUACUCUCGGAUCUGAAAUUGUGUUCAGUAUUCACUAAGCCA